AUGAGCGCGGUGUUCCCAGGAUGGCUCGCGUUCUCCUUGUUCCCUUCGCAGAGGAGAGACGUCGCAGUCGCGCCUACCCCCGUCGUUCCAGGGUCUUCCAACGGUCCGCGAGUGGUCGAGUUGGAUAAGGGUGUUGAUUCGGGGGAAACCCAAUCAUCUGUGCGGAACCCGGAUACCUCGAUGGAUCACGAAGAGCGUAGUUGGGUUACAAAUGGAGCAGCACAAAUCCUCCUUGGAAGCUUGAUCCUGUACCAAAUCGCGUCAAUUCCCCCCAUUGUCCAAGGGACGAACCGAUACCUCUUCGUCAAUGCGACGCGUCAUGUCGGGUUGCAAGAAGUUGAGUUCAUUGUUGAACAAACAAGAAGAACCAAACCGUCUCGACACCGAAUAACAAGGAAAUCCAUCGCCGCCGAUUGUAGUCCACCCGCAUCGUGA